AUGGUAUUCAGUUCCCCUGCUUUCACCCCUCCACUCCCAGAGGUGCCGGACACAUUGCCACUGUGUGACUUCAUGUUCGAUGAGCGAUAUGGUAGAUGCCCCGUCUCCAAGUCGCUCGACCCGUACACCUGCGGCAUCACAGGCAAAAGUAUUUCGGCAAAAGAACAGAAAGUGCGUGUCGAAUACCUUGCUCGAUCUUUGGCGCACGAAUUUGGGUGGAACGUGAACGGGGGUACCGAGUAUGACAAGGUGGUGGGAGUGUUUGCCACAAACACAGUAAGUCAUCGGUCACUUCAGCUCAACGAUUUACCCAAUCGCUGCGCCUCGCUGGAAGCUGAUCGUCUCCUCAACGUCAAGAUAGAUAUUAUGACCUUGAACUGGGCGAUCCAUCGUAUCAACGGCGUCUCAUCUCCGGCAAACGCAGCAUAUUCGGUCGAAGAGUUACGACAUCAGUUAGAGUUUUCCGGCUGCAAGGCCCUCUUCACCGUCGAGCCGCUUUACUCGAUAGCACUCAAGGCCGCUAGUCUGGCAGGUCUGCCUCGAGACCGGAUCUUUCUCUGCGAUGUGCCAGGGCAAAAGCCGACGCCGAGCACACACAAGACACUGUCUCAGUUGAUAGAGGCAGGGAGGCUUCUCCCUGAGCUCGAACCGAUCCGGUGGGAGAGGGGCCAGGGCUCUCGUCAGACAGCCUUUUUGUGCUAUUCAAGUGGAACUUCGGGGCUUCCGGUGGGUUUGACGACUUCAUGGACCCGCGCGUUCACUUCCAAGUCGCAACUAACCAGGUGUUGUUGCGAACAGAAAGCAGUAAUGAUCUCGCAUCGCAAUGUCAUUGCCAACACAAUGCAGACGUGUCUGUAUGAGAAAGCGAGUCGGGAUGCCAUCAGUCCUGACUAUCGCGAUGUGGGUCUCGGUCUCUUGCCCCAGUCACAUAUCUACGGCCUCGUCAUCAUCGCUCACGCUUCAACAUGGCGGGGUGAUCAGGUCAUCAUCUUGCCCAAGUUUGAGCUGAAAAGCUAUCUGAAUGCAAUAGUCAGAUUCCGAAUCAACACGCUGUACCUGGUCCCACCGAUCGCCAUAACAAUGGCGAACAACGAGGGCCUGCUGAAGAGACAUGAUCUGAGCUCGGUCCGCCAGAUCUUCUCGGGCGCGGCUCCCUUGGCGAAAGAGAUUGCCGACGCAUUGCUCGACCGAUACCCCAGGUGGAAGAUUCGACAAGCUUACGGGUUGACCGAAAGCUGCACCGUCGUCACAUCUACCAGUCACCGUGACAUCUGGCCUGGAUCGUCUGGGUGCCUGCUUCCAGGAUGUGAGGUCAAGUUGAUCGACACCGAGUCAGGGGAGGCGAUCACCGAGCACGAUAGAGCGGGUGAGAUUCUCGUCAAAUCACCCGCCGUCGUGCUUGGGUACCUCAAAAACCAGAUUGCGACAAGUGAGACGUUCGUCGACCUCCCCGAAGGGCGCUUCUUGCGAACCGGCGACAAAGGAGAAUUUCGAAGAGCUCCAAACAGUGGGAACGAGCAUCUUUGGAUCGUCGAUCGAAUCAAAGAGUUGAUAAAAGUCAAGGGGUUUCAGGUCGCUCCGGCGGAGCUGGAAGCGUUUCUCCUCAACCACCCCGCAGUAGCAGAUUGCGCUGUUAUAUCGAUCGUCGACCAAGAUGGCUGCGAGAGUCCGAAAGCCUACAUCGUCAAGUCCCAGCCAGCCCUCACUCGAAACGUUUCCGACACGGCCCUUGCCCGUGAAAUCCAGCAGUACGUGGAGGAUGGUAAGGCUCGUUACAAGUGGAUCACAGGCGGCAUCGAGUUUGUCGACACCAUCCCCAAAUCUCCCUCAGGCAAGAUCUUGAGGCGCCUCUUGCGUGACCAGGAACGAGAGAGGCGAAGGGUCGCAGGGGCCAGAAUCUGA